ACACCAGUUGUUCAAUCUUCUUCAAUCGAAAUGAUAACUAAAUUAGUUGUCACUGUUUUGCUUUUUGCUUUAUUCAAUCUUGAAGACGUGAGAUGUGCCAGUGUGGAAGAAUUGAAGAGACUGAUUGAUAUUGCAACUUUGGAAGCUGACGCUUAUGAAUUUCCCAGAGAUUCUCGAAUCUACAAGGCCAAAGAUGAGAAAAUAAUAGACAUUGGCUUCUAUGAUUUUGUGAUCGUCGGAGGUGGUGUUGCUGGUUCUGUUAUCGCUAGCCGAUUGUCCGAAAUCAGACAAUGGAAUAUCCUGGUACUGGAGGCAGGAAAGAUUGAGAACAGCGAAUUCAACCAAAUUAUGGGUUAUGCGGCAUUCCUUUCUCUAUCUGACAUGAGUUGGGGCUUCAGGAGUGUUCCACAAACAACAGCUUGUUUAGGUUUCGUCAACCAGUCCUGUCGUGCUUUCCGAGCAAGAGGCAUGGGCGGUACCUCUUUGAUGAACGGAGCUGUCUAUGAGAGAGGAAUGCCUUCGACCUUUGAUGAAUGGGCAGAAAUCACAAACGACCCGUCCUGGUCAUACGAGAACAUUUUACCGUUAUUCAAGAGGUCAGAAGAUUUCCACCUCAGGAACCCCAAUACACCCGUAGAAUGGAAUUACCAUGGUAGAGGAGGACUCCUCAACGUCGAACAAAAAAUCCCGCAAGACUUCCUGGCGUCCCUCUUUCUGCAAGGUCACAGUGAACUGGGCAGCGAUAUAAGAGACUAUAAUGGACGAUCCCAGUUAGGCGCCUCGAUUUUCCAGCUGUACACAAAAAACGGAAGACGACAAAAUGUCUAUGAGGCGUUCCUCCAGCCGGUAGAGCAUAGGAGACCUAAUUUACAUAUAAUGACUGAGAGCUACGUGACCAAAAUCGACAUACAAAGAAUGAUGAAUGAAGCAACUGGUGUCAUAUUCACAAGACAUGGUAAAACCUACAGAGUCAAAACUACUAAAGAUGUGAUCCUAACGGCAGGAGUCUUUCAGACUCCCCAGAUCUUGAUGCUCUCUGGAAUUGGUCCGAUGGAACACCUGCAAGAAAUGGGAAUACAUGUGAUAAGAGACCUAGAAGUUGGUAGCCAGUUGAAGGAAGACCCGUUAUGCCAGGCUAUAUAUGUAACAACGAAUAUGACAAAGCCAGUAGAAACGCUCGACCAGAACUUGAGAGACUUCCUCAGGGGUGAAGGUAGUUUGACCCAAGCAUACUCUACAUCAGGGGUGGCGUUCCAAAGAUCACAGUUUGAGGAGAAAAACUACGCUGAUUUGGAAUUCAUAGCAGCCACGCUGGAUAAAUCAGAUUUCGAUGUGAGAUACGCUGGCUGGAAGAAUGAAACUUACCAAGCUGCUUGGGGUGAAAACUCCAACGCCAUAGCUAUAAACGUCCAUAACGUCAACCCAAGAUCUAGUGGUACCGUCAGAUUGAACAGUGCCGAUCCCUUCGACCAUCCUUUGAUCGAUUUCAAUUUGAUGUCGGAUUCAGAAGGUCAUGAUAUGGCAGUGCUGUACGAAGGUGUCAGAAGGGUGUUUGAUUUGAUGCAAACACCGACAUUCCAGACACUCAACCCCGAUUACAGAGGCAACCCUUUGCCUGGCUGUGAGCAACAUGAGUUUUUGUCUAAAGAAUACUGGUACUGUUUCUUGAGACAUACCUGUACUGCGGCAAAUCACGUCAGGGGCUCUUGUCCCAUGGGCAAAGAUCCAAGAGAAGGGGCGAUUGUAGACUCUCGUUUCAGAGUAUUUGGGGUUCGAAGGUUGAUAGUCGCAGACUCUAGUGUGAUGCCAACUAGUAUGAGUGGUCAUCCUACCGGAACAAUCCUUAUGAUUGCUGAAAAAGCUGCAGAUACCAUCAAGUCUCAGUACCCUCACUCACAUACCUCCGAAGCCAUCAGGUCUGAUUAUCGAAUCCCAAGCCGUGUUGAUACCAUCAAAUCUGGUUAUCGAUACCCACACCAUCAUCAUUUCAAUCAUUAUCAUCAUAAUCAUAAUACGAGAACAUAUUAACCGUAGUGCUUAUUUCAAUAUAUAUUUUGAAUAAAGAG